AUGCGUGUCAUGCACGUUGCUCAGCACGAACAGCAUGGCGGUCACCGUGCAUGAAGACAUGGAAGGGGUUGAGAACGAGCCAGUUCGCCCAAAAGUUUCAGAUUCAAAGGGAAUUCUCAAACAAAACAGGGAAUUCCUUGACUUUUUCUGGGACAUAGCAAAACCUGAACGAGACAUCAGGCUGAAAGCCAUUGAAGGGCUGAUUGAAUACCUAAAGAAAACCGAGAAGUCAGAUGAGCUGCAGUAUUCGCUGAAGAGACUGGUGGAUGGUCUCUCUCAUUCCAGGGAGGAUGCGCGAACAGGAUACAGCUUAGCCUUGGCUCAGCUUCUGAGUGUGUUUGAGGAUAUCCAGCUGCAAACAAUACUCGACCAGAUUAAACAGAAAAACAACCUACAAGGUCUGCAGAAGAAACAAAUCAGAAAUGUUGCAUUUGGGAACUUCUUUGGUGUGCUUGCCCUGUCGCAGUCUACACGACUGUCAAAGGAGCCUCAAGUCCUGCUGGAAUGUGUUCGCCUCCUGCAGCGCAUCUCUCAGUUCUCAGAGCACCUGCGGGACCUGCCAAGGAAAACUAUGGUGGACCUCUUGGCUGAAACGUCUCAGGAGGUGUUUGAGGAGAUGCUGCUGGGCGCCCUGCAGAGCGACCUGACCUCUGCCCUCAGCACACCUGAGCACCUGGAGCUCCUCCUGGUGGCCAUGCAGAAAUUCCCCGAGGUGCUGAAGCCCAAGAAGCUCAAAAAGCUCCUGGGUAGCACCACGGUCAUCACAGAGGAGAACAUCCCCAAGCUGGUGGAUGUUCUGAAGACAGCAGCUAACUCAGUCCGGAAAGAGCGGCUUCUUCCUCCUGUGGCUAUUGACCUUCUGGAGGUGUCUUUGCGGGAGGACAGAUUUGACCUUUUCUGGAAUGACAUUAUUCUGAAGGGGCUGAUGAAUGAACAGCCAGGUCCUUUACAUUACAUGUGCUUCCGUUUGGUGGGAAGUGCCCUGACACAUUUGUCAGUGGCACAGCUUCGCCAAGUCCUGUCCAGUGAGGUGAUGAGGCAUUAUGGGGAGCAUGUUGUGGUUGCUCAGCAACCAGAUCGCUUUAAGAUUGCCCCAGAGAUGGACGUGUAUGUCAAGCAGUUCUUGCAGGGCUGUGCCGACCCAGACAAGCAGCUGGCAGUCAUGGUGGGCUUCACCCAGCUGACCAACCAGGGUUACCCUGUCAUCCCCUCCUUCUGGAAGGUGGUGGAGUGCUUGCAGCCGGCUGCCCUGGAGCGCUAUGUGGACUGGCUAAAGAGCAUGUUCCUUCAGCCGCAGCUGGAGAACCUCCUGGACUUCACCACACGCCGGCAGAGGGAGAACCAGGAGGCCAGUGCGAAGAAGAGCGAUGAGUCGGUACUCCGUCUGCGUAAGUGGAUUCUUCCCCGGCUGACCUCCAUUGUGGAAAACCAUCAGGUGAAGAAAGAGGAAGACUUGGUCAUGGACAUUGCCAGGUUCAUUUUCUUCCAUGCGUUCUUCACUGCCAAGAAAUCAACUCCAGACAUACCAGAGACAGAGGUUAUGCUAUCUGUAGCUUUGGAUGGGAAGACUCGAGCAGUGGUCUUCUCCUCUUUCUUUGGGUUACUCCAACACCUAAACCACCUCCCGGUGCAGGGGGAGUCCAGUGAAGAGGCUGCCCCCAAGAAGCUGCUCCACGGGGUCACGGCCGACGGCAGCUCGUGGCUCUACUGCCUGGUCCAGUACGGCGACGUGCUCCUGAGCCAAAACAAAUACGUCCAGUGUGUCCAGCCCUUCAGUGCAGAGCAGAAAAGCUCCUGGGACGGCAUGAUAAAGUCCGUCGAAUCCCUGCAAAAGAAAGCCAAGAAGAGUGCAACUCCAGAGGUCUCUGCGUUUCAGCUUCUCUUCCUGCUCGUUGGCAUCAACCUUUUCAAGGCCCCUGAGGAGAGCGUGGACCUCAUCCAGGACAUCCAGAGCUGCAUGGAGAAAGUGAACGCCAGGAAGUCUAAAAGGAAGAAGAAAACCGCUGAGGAGGAGGAGGAGCCCCAUUGGGUGGAGGUGCUGGUGGAGAUCCUGCUGUCCCUCCUGUCCCAGCCCAGCCGGCUCAUCAGGCAGGUCUGCAAGACCGUCUUCGGCCGCAUCUGCCCUCACGUCAAUCAGGGUGCCAUCACCGCCAUCCUGGAUGUCCUUGAUCCAAGCAAAGAGACGGAGGAUGGUGCACUUGUAGUGACUGAUGAAAAAGAAACGGACAACAGAACGAAACGAAAAAAUGAAUCUGACGACGAGGAGGAUGAUGAAGAUGAGGCAACUGACCAAAAGGUCAAAGGAGAUGAGGAAGAUGAGGAAGAAGAGGAGUCCGACUCUGAUGAUGACGAUAAUAUCAAUGACGACGAAGAAGUUGAUCCCAACUUCCGCUUGGAGCUGAUGAAAGUUUUGCAAGGCCAGAAUGCUAUGGCCACAGAAACAGACAAGAGUGAUGAUGAGGAGCUGGAUGAUGAUGCCAUGAUGAAGCUGGAUGGCAGCAUUGCCAGUCUCUUUGCAGAACACAAGAAACGCAUCCAGGCCAAGAAAGAUGAGCGGGAGAAGCUGCGGAAAGAGAAGGCCCUCAUCAGAGACUUUAAAAUCAAAGUGUUGGACUUGGUGGAGGUGUUCCUUGACAAGCAGUCAGCCAACCCUCUGGUGCUGGGGAUGAUCGAGCCGCUGCUAACGGUCAUCGAGAGCGGGAUGAGCUCCGGCAAAGAGCAGCAGGAAGUGGACUUCCUGCGCAAGGCAGCAGACAUUUUCAAGAACACACUGUGCAGGGGAAAGCAAUACUGCAAGAAUGUGGAUGACCGUAAAGCAGAGCUUCAUGACCUUUUGGAAAGGUUACUCACCAGGGCGCAGAAGCUCUCCGACUCCGCUGUCGCUCUCUACUACUUCAGUGCUGCCCUGUACAUGGUGAAGGUGCUGAGAGGUGUGCCUCCAGAGGGGGGCAAUAAGCAGGAGCCUGCUGAGAGCAAGGGCAAGGCAAUGGGGAACCUGGAUGUGGAGAGAGUGACUGGUCUCUUCAGGGAGGCUCUUGUUUCCUUCAUGACUCGCAGAAAGAGUCCUCUCACUGGAGCAAUGUUCAUCGACCUCUUCAAUCGACUCCCUAUUUUUAGCAGCAACCUCUUGGAUACGUUGAUGGAGUACAUCACAGGAGGAGUAAGAGAACAUCAGCAGGCCCAGGCCUGUGCCAUCAUGCUGAGGGGUGUGCAGUCCAGAGAGAUCCAGCAGCUCUUGGCGGGACCACGAUGGACAGAGUUGUGUCAGAAAACAAUGGAAAAACUUACAGAAAGUCUUGGCCAAGGACUGGAGGUAAAAAAUAAAAUUGUUCAAGAGAAGGUCAUCAAAGCACUGGAACUAUCUCUGUUUUUGGUGAAGAACAUUCGUAAUCAGAAACUUGAAGUGAACACCGAUCCAAUCCAGGUGGCUUUGCAGUCUAUGAGUGAAAACCAUGAUUUCCACAAGUCUGGACAGAUGGAGGAUCUGUACUGGAGUGUAAUGAAGCUCUUUGGAGUUCAAAAACCAAAAAUUGUGAAGGCGAAAAAAGCUGACGAAGUGCCAAGUGCUGAACAAACCCCAGAAACUGAGGCAAAAAAGAAAAAAGGCUUCCUCCCCGAGAGCAAGAAGCGGAAGAAUCGCAAGAUGCCUGCAGUUGUGGAGGGGAAAGACGCCGCCCCACAACCCAGCAAGCCAGCCACUGAGGCACCUGGAGGAGAGGGAGAGCCGGUGAAGAAGAAGAACAAGAAGAACAAGAAAAAGAACAAGAAAAGGAAACAUCCGGAAGGAGAGGCAGCAUCAGAUCAGUCACCUGCCAAGAAGCCUAAAAUGCCCAACCAGUCACCUGCUGGAAAGCCUAAAACAGAGGACCAAUUGCCUGGCAAGAAAGAAAAAACAAAGCAAAAGGGCAAUAAGAAGAAAGGAAAUAAGGGAGCUGGUGAAUGAUGCAGUACCUUCCCUUUUGGGAUGUCUUUUUAAGCCUAAUGGGCUUUAUAGCCUGUUUGUGAAACUUGCUCCAAGGAGCACCUGUGUUUUUGUUUGUUUUGUUUUUAUUUUAAUACACAAGCUGAGACUGAGCAGCUUAAUGUCAAUUUAUGUGUACUUCACAACCUUGUUUGAUGUGUAUCUUGGACAUGUUUCGGAAAGGUUCAUAUACAUGUGACAUAAAAUUAAUUUAAUUUUAUGUA